GGAUAACCAAGGCAGCUAGCAAAUGUCAACAUAUAAGCUCUUUAGAUAAACUAUUUACGGAGGCCGGGAAUAGAUUGGUCCAUUAGUUGUCUACUUGUUACAUGUCACAACAGAAGCAUGAUUGACGACUUCGAAAAGCGCGAAGCCCGGUCCAGCGGGGACCUCUGGACGGAAAUCUGCUCGAGUCUCCCUGAGCCUCAAGCAGGAGACCAGAAUGACGAUCAAUUCACAGACUCCUUCCAGCCCCCUUCACCGCAGAGCACCCAAACAAACGGAACCCCCGUGACAUCUUCUUUCAACCCGUGGGAACCAAUGGAAGACUCAGAAGUUUACAUUGCUAGUUUGGAAAAUCGCUUGAGGAGAAUAAAAGGACAAUCAAAAGAGGUAACUUCCAGGGAGAUGCUUCGUUCUCUCUCCCAGGCCAAAAAAGAAUGCUGGGAUAGGAUGCUUCACGACGCUCAGACGUCUGAGUUGUUCCAGGGAGGGGAAGUUGACCAGAGCGCUCUGGAGCACCUGAGGCGUUGGAUCGCUCCUGAACGAGUGGCCAUCAGCGCGGAGGAGCUGGAGCACCUCCUCCUCCCCUCACAGAACCAGGACAGGCCCGCCGCGGAGCGGCCGUCCAGCGGGACCGGGGGAGAGGGGGAGAACCAGGAAGCGGACGAGAGCCACGGGCCAGAGAAAUAGUGUCAGAGACACCUUGUUCCCACAGAGACUGAUCGCUCUGCAGCGUAUCAUACACGAGUAUCUCUCCGUUUUCUGUCCUUAACCAUCCACUUUGACAGUGCAGUAUUGGUCCAGCCCUGAACCAACACACCGGACUCCUCUUUUCAAGUAACCGUCAAGGCUUCGGGCUAAUUGAAUCUGCUUUGUUCAGGCUUAACUUGUCUAGUGCAGUGUCUGCUGUUUAAUCGACCAUGGGGAAAAGAGUUGGUAUUCCCUCAGUAUUCGUUGUAGGGCAGGCUAGUAGAUGUGGUAGCCUGUUUUUCUCCCCUGAAAAAUCUUCGUAUGUCUCCUAUCUGAGCAGUAAGUUUCAAAAUGAUGAAACCGACACAGAGGGCUUAAUGUUCUGUGCUUAUGUCAUAUCUGUGCUUCAUAUCUCCCUGUGAAGAUUAGAUCACUAUUUUUGUGUGUUUGUUUUGAUUGUACUGUUCAUCUGCGAAAGGCCAUGAUUAAUUUGUAGAAAAUGCUAAUGAUGUAUAUAAAUAAAUAUGCAUACGGUUAAUGUUUCAGGCCGAAGAGCCUGUCAUUGAAAAAAUCAGAACGCAAAUAUCAUGAAUUUGUAUAGUAACAUUCCAGAACAAACCUCCGAACUGUGGUGACGUUUAGAACCAACGACUGGCUGCCUGACUUACAAGAUCGAUUUUAGUUUUAGACUGCUCUAAAAGCUGACAAAGUGACAUUACUGUUUUCUUCCAUAUUUUAUUAUCUUAUUUCUCUCAUAAAUCUGGGGGAGUUGUUAAAAAUCAUUUUUUAAAAGCCCAAUUUUGAAGUAGUCCCAGUUUACUGUUCAAAUUACCAGUAGUUACUGUCAUGUUGACUUUAUUUUGAGAUCCAGCCAUUGAUAAAUGGUGACGAAAAGAACAUCUGUGAGCUGCAUUCACUGCAUUCACUUAUUUU